AUGGCAGCUCAUUCGUAUACUAUUCCAGAUCUUGAUGAUGAUGAUGAUAAUGAAACAGCAGCACCUAAUUUAUUUGCUAAACGUAUGAAAACUGAUAAUUCAACAGUAAUAGUAAAUGAAAAUGUAACAAUUCCAUCGACUACAAUUACUAAUACAGAACCACCAAUUACAGUAUCAUCUCCUCGUCCACCACCACCACCAUCUUCAUCCUCACUACUUGUUCAUUCUCGUCAACGUGGAAAUCCUUUAUUAAAACAUUUUCGUCAAGUUAAAUGGGAGUAUAGUGAUAUGAUAUUAGGUGGUGCUGAUUAUUCUAUGAGUCGUAGUUCAUGUGCAUUAUUUUUAUCUCUUCGUUAUCAUACAUUAAAUCCAAAUUAUAUAUAUGAUCGGCUUAAAGCAAAUAAAUUACCAUAUCAGCUAAAAAUUUUACUUAUUCAAUGUGAUACAACUGAUCCAUCACAAUCAUUAAAAGAAUUAGCACGUCUUUGUAUUCUUUAUGAUUUAACACUUUUGGUUAGUUGGACUGAUGAAGAAUCAGCAAGAUAUUUGGAAACAUACAGAAUUAUGGAAGGUAAAUCAGCUGAAACUUUAAUGGACACACAACAACAUCAAUCAACAGAUUAUUUAACAAAACUUAUUGAUGUCAUGACACAAGUUAAAUCAGUUAAUAAAACAGAUGCUCAAACAUUAUUACAUGCAUUUAAUUCAUUGGAAACAUUAUUAAAUGCAUCAAAUGAACAAUUAUGUGUUUGUCCAGGUUUAGGAACAUUAAAAGCUCAAAGAUUAUAUCAAGCAUUUAAUCAACCAUUUAAACGACAAAAACAAAAACAAAAACAAAAUAUAAAAAUAAAUAAAGAAGAAAAAAAUUUUGAUGACGAACAUUUAGAUUUACCUAAUAUUGAUGAUGAUCUUUAA